AUGAACCCAGAAAAUAUCCCUACUGCUAACGUGGGCGCACAGAUUGUUACUAUCUGCGAGCAAAUCCACGAGCUCGGCCUCACACCCAAGAAAUUUAUGCACGGAUUUUUUACAUCCAAGCAUCCUGACUUGGUAUUUCGUUGCAGACUCAUCAGAGCCGGCGUGGGCUUGUCAGGUACGGUAGAUAUACUGCGGGGUUUUCGGGACGUGCUCAUUGGGAGUCCAGAGGGUGAAGCUGGCUGGAAAGAAUUUAUUCUAGAUGAGGCUUCGAGCAUUGUUGAAGGCCAAAACAUGCGAGUGGGCCCCUACCCACAGGGCGCGUAUGUCAACUCGAACUCGAUCAAUGAAGAUUUUUUUAGUCAAGAGGCUGAAGAACAUCGCGAGCGUCAAGUCAGGAGCUCCAUGAGCUUCUUGCACGAGCUGAUUCAAAGGAAGCUACGUGUCGCAUUGGACAUCCCAGAUAUCGCCGCCGAGGGUUUGGAAAACGUGGUGGAGGUUGAUACCCAAGAUAUCUCCUCGAACACUGUGUCUUCUGACUCUACUCUCCUAGGUAGCUCAGCAGAUGAAGGUGUGAUUCAAUCACUUGAUAACCUUGUGUAUAUCCCCAAGCGGGCUGCUGGCUUAAGAGAGCACAAGCUGAGGGCGGCCGAGGAUGUCGAUUUCAAGGCAUUUGAGAAGGCCAUGGGUGAUGCUGAAGGAAAACCAGUUGAUAUUUCAAUGUUCAUUCCCACCACUGAACAACUAUCGCAUUGGAAGUCUGUCAUCCUAGCCCAAUUAGCGACUGCAUUGAAGACCUAUGCUGAACACCUUCCGGGGGGUAAGACUGUGAAGCUCGCGAAUUUGCAGACUCAGCCUCCACCUAUUGAUCCAAUUGAAAUGUAUCAACCCAACAUCUUCUUCUUACGCUUGAUGGAUGCACCGGAUUCGUCGGCCGAUGGUGUUUCUCGUGUACUGGAACAAGUUCUUGCUCAGAUCGGUGUUGAUGCCAAGUCGUUUGCGGAAACUCUGCUAGUUGCUGAGGGAGACGUUGGAUCUAAUGAGCUGGUUGAAAGCUUACGUCGCAAGCGAUUUCCUUCCGGCAAUCAAGCCGACUCCCUGCGCUGGCUGCUCACCGUCUUUGGGCCUGCGCAUGCCACAUGGAACAUGUGCAAGGCUUUGAACUCAGUUCAUUGGGGCGAUUCGACUAACGGGCAAGAUACUGGCGCAUGGCGCACUGCUGAGUCUUUGGGAGGAAGUGCAAAACAUCCAUCACAACAAGACUUUAAUAGCUUGAUGAUGAUGACCAAAAAGAUGCAUGAUGCAUCACUUGUAUUUGCAUUGACGUGA